AUCACCCAAUGGACAGAAAGUUAUGUCAUAUGGAUUAUCAAUCAAACAUGGAUAUGCAAAUAUUUUAUAUUUCUGAUGUAUAGACAUGAUAAAAUGGUGCUACUAGUUAUAAUUUUUAGCGUUGAAAAAGAUCCGCAUGACACUACGCAAAAGGCAAAAGAGUCACAGGAUACCAGCCACAAAAUCCUAGAGCUACAGAAGAAGCUAGACUCCGCGAGAUCGCAGAUUAAGAGAUUACCAGGGAUAGAAUACAGUAAGGAGGAGCAAUUGCAAAAGCUCGAGACUUUACGCAAGCAAUUGAGACUGAAGCGUGAACUUUUAUUGAAAUAUCGUAACACGUGCACAUUCGAAAUACCGAAAGUAUAAAAAAAAAACGCGUGCAUCCGUGCGUUUAGGAUAUAAAAAAAUAAUCUCCGAGGAUGCCGCUAAGAGCUCUCUUCCGGUACUUGUUAAAUAA